AUGCGUGCUGAAGGAGCACAACACAUUGCUAAUGCGCUGCGAACGAAUACGACACUCACCACACUUAACCUCCGUUGGAACCAACUCGGUGAUGAAGGAGCACAACACAUUGCUCAUGCGCUCCGGACGAAUACGUUUCUACGGUACGUUUAUCGAAUUAUGGAUCAUCAAAAUGGCCGGACGCUAUUUUGUUCAAUGCAAAAUAUCUGUCGACGGCUCAAUCAGAUCCUGAGUACUUACCAGCGAUAUCAAACACUCACCACACUCGACCUCAGUUCGAACGACAUCGGUGCUAAACGAGCACAACACAUUGCUAAUGCCCUGCGAACGAAUACGACACUCACCACACUUAACCUCAGUUUGAACCAAAUCGAUGCUGAAGGAGCACAACACAUUGCUAAUGCGCUCCGAACGAAUACGACACUCACCACACUUCACCUCACCGUGAACCGAAUCGGUGCUAAAGGAGCACAACACAUUGCGGAUGCGUUGCGAACGAAUACGACACUCACCACACUUAACCUCGAUAGGAACGGAAUCGGCGCUGAAGGAGCGCAACACAUUGCGGAUGCGCUGCGAACGAAUACGACACUCACCACACUUCACCUCACCCUGAACGAAAUCGGUGCUGAAGGAGCACAACACAUUGCGGAUGCGGUGCGAACGAAUACGAUACUCACCAUACUUAACUUCUCUUACAACGAAAUCGGUGACGAAGGAGCACAACACAUUGCGGAUGCGUUGCGAACGAAUACGACACUCACCACACUUCACCUCACCCUGAACGAAAUCGGUGCUGAAGGAGCACAACACAUUGCGGAUGCGUUACGAACGAAUACGACACUCACCACACUUCACCUCACCGUGAACGAAAUCGGUGCUGAAGGAGCACAACACAUUGCUAAUGCGCUCCGAACGAAUACGACACUCACCACACUUAACCUCGAUAGGAACCGAAUCGGCGCUGAAGGAGCGCAACACAUUGCUAAUGCGCUCCGAACGAAUACGACACUCACCACACUUCACCUCGAUAGGAACCGAAUCGGUGCUGAAGGAGCACAACACAUUGCGGAUGCGUUGCGAACGAACGCAACACUCACCACACUUAACCUCGAUAGGAACCAACUCGGUGAUGAAGGAGCACAACACAUUGCUAAUGCCCUGCGAACGAAUACGACACUCACCACACUUCACCUCGAUAGGAACCGAAUCGGUGCUGAAGGAGCACAACACAUUGCGGAUGCGUUGCGAACGAACGCAACACUCACCACACUUCACCUCAGUUUGAACCAAAUCGAUGAUGAAAUAGCUCAACAUAUUGCAGAUGCAUUGGGAAGGAAUAUUAGCGUCAAGAUGGUAUAG